AGUUGGACUUGGAAGGGUAAUUUAUAGGCAAAGAAAAGAUAAACCAUAUUCACUCUCUGUUUCAGUUUACAUUUGUGGGUUUGGGAAUACACAGAUCUUUAGCCAAGUAAAAUAAUUAACAAAUGAAACAAAGAAUACCCCAAAACCCAAACUAGCCCUUGUUUUCUUUUCCAUUUCUCUCUCUUUCCUUGCAUGAGGCAGUGCUAUGAUUGAGUGAAAUUACACGGUUUUUUUUUACCUUGCUGUCCAUACCUAUCUUCAUCAAGUCCUUGUUCUUAUUUUUUUUACUCCUUCCAUUUUAGUUUUCUGACUAGACCCGUGAAAAAAAUUGGGUAAUGCUGCUUUUGUUUGGUUGGUGAUCUAUUGAAAUGGUUUAUCUUUAUUUUGCCUGGAAAAUGAGGGAAAGUGUGAGAAAAUAAGCUCAGGCAAAAGCCCAGAUUUUUUGUUUUUCUUGUUUCAUACUCUUCAUCUCUUCUGUUUUAGUUUUACCUUUUCUGGGGCUGCAACAUUUUAAGAGGAAAUGAGGAAGCAUGGAUGGCAGCUUCCUUCUCAUCCACUUCAGGUGGUGGCUGUUGCUGUGUUCUUGGCACUUGGAUUUGCUUUCUAUGUGUUCUUUGCUCCUUUUGUUGGGAAGAAAAUGUUUCAAUAUAUUGUGAUGGGAAUCUAUACACCUCUUAUUACUUGUUGCUUUGGCCUAUAUAUUUGGUGUGCGGCAUCGGAUCCUGCAGAUCCUGGGGUGUUCAAGUCUAAAAAGUAUCUUAAAAUUCCCGAGAAUGUGAAGUAUUCUGGACCAAAGGACUCUAAAUUUGGUGUAGAUUCAGCUACAACCUUUCGUGAUGAUAAUGAUACUUCAGUUGGAGGAAAAACUGUGGAGAAGGAUGCAGUGGUGGCAGAUGAAACCUUGAAAGAUACCAGUGUUGAAAUCGAGGGAAAUGAUGGUUUGCCGAAGCAAUCAUCUUGUUUGCUAUGGAUUUUCUCUCCUUGUGCUGUUAUCUGCAGAUGUACCGGCUCACAUGAAGAAUCUUCCGAGCAACAGAUGAGUGAAGAUGGGAUGUUUUAUUGCAGUUUGUGUGAAGUUGAGGUUUUCAAAUAUAGUAAGCACUGCAGAGUCUGUGACAAAUGUGUCGACCGUUUUGAUCAUCACUGCAGGUGGCUAAACAAUUGCAUAGGCAAAAGGAACUACAGACAAUUUUUCACUCUCAUGGUUUCUGCUCUUCUAUUGCUUAUUCUACAAUGGUCAACUGGAAUCCUUGUACUGAUCUGCUGUUUCAUUGAGCGGAAGCAGUUUUCUGCGGAUAUUUCAGCGAAGUUAGGAAGCAGUUUCUCUUUGGUUCCAUUUGUUAUUGUGGUUGCAUUGUGCACUAUCUUGGCUAUGAUAGCGACAUUACCACUUGCGCAGCUUUUCUUCUUUCACAUUCUACUCAUAAAAAAGGGAAUCAGCACAUAUGAUUACAUAAUAGCUCUUCGGGAGCAAGAACAAGAGCAACAAGGUGUCGGUGGUCAGCAGAGUCCACAGAUGUCCCCUGCCAGCUCACUUACUGGAUUAAGCAGUGCUAGUUCGUUUUCUACUUUUCACCGGGGUGCAUGGUGUACACCCCCACGCUUGUUCCUUGAAGAUCAGUUUGAUGUUGUUCCUCCUGAUACUGGGUCUGUGAGUUCGUAUGGGAAAAAAAUGGUUGGGGAGGAGCCAAUUAAGAAGAAGAACGCUGCAGCAGUGAAGAUCAGUCCAUGGACAUUGGCACGGUUAAAUGCAGAAGAUGUUUCAAAAGCCGCUGCUGAAGCAAGGAAAAAGUCCAAAAUCCUGCAGCCUGUGGCGAGACGUGAAGCCCCAUUUGGGAUAGAAGCGGACAGUAGCUUUGGCAGCAGCGGCCGUCAAAUGUUCUCGAGGCCUGAUGGCAACAGAAAACGAGCAUCUAAGCGGGUGCGUCUCCCCGCUGAUCUACCCAUGGAGCCCGUUAUGAACAUUCUGGCUCAACCUGCUGAUAAAGGCUUCAAAGAUACAUCAAGUAGUUUGGCACCACUUCAACUGGAAGCUCGGAAUGCUUUCCAAACAAGCCGAGCAAUGUCGAGCUCUGUUGGGAUGGUUGCCUCUUCUCCUGAGAGCAGUUUAGAUUCUCCAGACAUUCAUCCAUUUCGGGUAUCCUCAUCUGGAGCUGAAGAAGCAAGACAGCUGAGAGGUUUACCUGCUUUCAAUAUGGCUGCUCAGAAGGGAUUCCCAUUAUCUAGGUCUGCUAGUGACGGAUAUGAAGCGUCUGGUGGGGAAGAUAGCGAUCGAGUUCCUUCGAGAAUUAUCCAGAGACCAACAAAUUGGAGUAAUGUUAUCUUUUCUGACCAUGAUGAGAGGGUUGUUAAACUUAAAGCACUGUCUUCAUCCAGCCAGCAUAACAACAGAAUGCUGUGACCCACUGUGAAUCAGCGAAGUUCGAUUUCGGUUGAAAAAGGGUCAUUCUUUAAUUUACGGUCCUAAGAAGUUCAAAUACAGAGUGGACUGUUGUUGAAUUCAUUUCAAAUAUUAAAGUCAGGCACAACUGGAAGAGAUGCUGGAAGAGAUGAGAGAUGUUGAAUUCAUUUCAAAUAAUAAAGUCAGCCAUUUCGGAUGACAUAGAAUGAAAGGUGUUAUUUUUUGUAUGUAUUAGGUACAAGACUCCGUCGUAGUCUGUUUUGGUGAAAGUGAUUCCUCCAUGGACGUUUGUUGAACAUUCCCCCAGUUUCUGAAAAAACAAGGGUGAAAUUUUUAUAGGUAGUUUGCAUUGCCAUAUCCACUAUAACAU